AUGGUGCCCUUGUGGUAUUUUUUAACCGCAGGUUUUGGGUUCGUGACCUUUGCAUCCUUGUUCCGACCGAGGUUGUUUCGGUUUCUUGUGAUCUCCUCUGGCGUGGGGUGCGCUGUUGGUUAUGGACUGACGUUUCUGGGGAAUUUGAAUACCCACUCGUUUAAAGCAGUUAGUGAACCCAUUCGAUUGCGAGAACCUCCUGCGAACUUCAACAUCAUUUCCCAGCGAAUAUUCGAGCACCUAACGGAAAGUUACAACGAGUUGGGCCAGUUGGAUAUGGGUGAGGAGCAUGUUACCGUGAAGCCUAAUGUUUUCGCUCAGAUGGGUGUUGUUGACAUCGACGACGUUCGGAAGCUGUGGUCUUCGGUAAUCAUGCCCCAGCUCCGUCUCUGCAUGGGUGGUAAUGCUCUUUUAAAUCGCAUGGAGAUGUCAACGAUAGCAAUCGAGAAUGACACUGUCUUUUGUGAUAUCGGAAGUGGCGUAGGAAAUGUAUGUCUUCAGGUGUUGGCGGAGACUCAUUGUAAAAAGGUGGUGGGUGUUGAAGUAAUUCCUUCUCGCCAACGUAAUGCCACUAUAGCUUUUGAAAGAGCCAAAAAGUACUACCCAGAGUAUUUCGAUGCCAAGAACGCUAUUUUUCUUCAAGGUGAUCUUGUUAACUACAGUUCGCGCUUGAUAGAAGAAAAGGUAAAUGUGAUUUUUACACAUUCAUGGAUGUUUGAUGAUGAGUUAAUGCGAAGGCUAACGGAAGUGGUCGCUUCGGUACCAACAGUGUUUUGUGUGGUAACAUCGCGUAAGCUAAAUGAUAAGCUUUUGGCUGAUCAUCCUCUGAAGCUAGUUUCUCGGGUUCACUUACGCACCGACUGGAAUGAUGAGGCUCCCUUUUAUGUUUACAGAAAACAGCUGUAA